CUCUUUGCCUUCACAAUGUUUGGGGACUUAUUUGACGAGGAUUUUUCCUUCAUUUCCAACAACCACUGGGGAAAAGGGAAGACAUCAAAGCCCAGAGAGUGUGAACCUCCAGCUCCCAGGGAUUUCACCAACCUCAGCGGGAUCAAAAACCAGGGUGGGACCUGCUACCUCAAUUCCCUGCUGCAGACUCUGCUUUUCACACCAGAAUUUAGAGAGGCCUUGUUUUCUCUGGGACCUGAGGAACUCGGGACUCUGGAUGACAGCAGGAAACCAGAUGCAAAGGUUCGAAUAAUUCCAUUGCAACUCCAGAGGUUGUUUGCUCAGCUCCUGCUCUUGGACCAACAGGCUGCAUCCACCACAGACCUCACUGAGAGCUUUGGCUGGAACAGCCAUGAGGAGAUGAGGCAACACGAUGUGCAGGAGUUGAACAGGAUCCUGUUCAGUGCUCUGGAGACCUCCCUGGUGGGGACAUCAGGCCAUGACCUCAUCAACCGACUCUACCAUGGGAUUGUUGUCAACCACAUCGUGUGCAAGGAGUGCAAGAAUGUCAGUGAGAGACAGGUAAAGCAGGGGCAUUUUCCACCACAGUGUGAUGAAGCUGACAGUUGUCUCCUGGAUCCCCCCCAGUCUGCCAAGCUGCGGAAGCUGCCGCCGUUCCUCACCGUGUCCCUGCUGAGGUUCAACUUCGACUUCCAGAAGUGCGAGAGGUACAAGGAGACGAGCAGCUACACCUUCCCCCUGCACAUCGACCUGAGGCCUUUCUGUGAGCAGCCUGAAAUGGAUGAUUCAGAGUACAUGUAUGAGCUCUUCUCUGUUAUUAUACACAAAGGUGGCUGCUAUGGAGGACACUAUCAUGUUUAUAUCAGAGAUGUGGAUGAAUUAGGAAACUGGCAGCUACAGGAAGAAGAGGAAAAGCUGAUUGAGGAUAAGGCUGGAAGAGAUGCUGAAAAUUCCAAAGAAACUGAGAAUCCACUGGCAGUCUUAAAAGGGAUUUUAGCAGAGGACGACUCGAAGCAAAUUCCCGUGGAUCAAUUAGGGCAGAAAUUAUUGGAGAAAAAAGGGGUGUCCUGGAAUAAGAAAUACAGGAAACAAUAUGGAGCGUUAAGAAAGUAUUUGCAGCAUCACCCUCAGGUGUUCCAGCUGAGCCCUGAUGCCAACAAGGUUGGCCUGAAGGAAGCCCACGAGCUCCUGGUGGAGCUGGAUUCUCCAGGCCAAGCUCUGCAGAGCCCUCCUCAGAGCAAUGGUGUCCCCUGGAACUCAGAGAAGAGCCCCCCGAGGCCGAGGGCCACCUCUGCUGGUGGCCACUGGUUUGAUCUCAACGAUUCCAAAGUCCAGCCCAUCAAGGAGAAGGAUAUUGAGAAACAAUUCCAGGGUAAAGAGAGUGCCUACAUGCUGUUUUACCGAAAAUCCCAGUUGAAAAGACCUCCUGAAGCACGAGGAAAUCCGAGGUACCAAAUUCCUGAGCACCUCCUGGAUGAAAUGAAUGCUGCUAACACUGAGCUGCAAAAAAAGAGAGCUGAAUGUGACUCAGCCAACAAUGGCAUUGAUUUACAUCUCCAUCUGAGCUCCUGCUACAAAUUCCACAACGGGGCUUUGCAUCCCUCCCUCUCCUGGAAAGAGAGCGUGGUGGAUUUGACUAUUGACAGGAGGAAAACCCUGGGAGACCUUCGCCAGGCAGUCUUCCAGAUGUUGGACUCCUGGGAAGGAGACAUGGUUCUGAGUCUGGCCAAGCCUUUACCAGCAGGAUUACAUCUCUACCAGAUGCUUGAUGGAGAUGAGCUGAGCCUGGAUGGCAUUGGGAUGGCUGAUGGAACAGACAUCUUUGUGUGGAAUGGGAAAGAGGUGGGAGGCACCAGGGUGCUGGCGGGCGCCGAGCACGAGCCCGUGGUGCUGAACGUGCUGCGCCUGGCGGGGCACAACGAGGGAGGCAAGGGCCAGCACUUCACCGAGGCCCAGCACACCUUCUCCUGCAGCACCAGCCUGGGGGACCUGCACAGAGCCCUGGCUCCCUCGGGGGGAAUCGUCCUCAGGAACAGCUCUGGAGAAGAGAAAGAAGCCAAGAACUGGGAGGUUUUCCGCGAGGAGGAUAUGGAGGAGACGAUCCGAAGCGUUGGUCUGAGGGACGGGUGCUCAGUGCUCAUCUUGGACAGCCACGACCAGAGCUUUGUGAACAUUUCCAGUGGCAAUCUGACAGCCUUUACCUGUGACAUCAGCUGGCUCCAAGUGAAGAACUUCUGUGGGGCAGAAGAUGAAGAGAACCAAGUUAAAAUUACUGCCACUAUUGAAACAGUGAUGUCAGAUAUCAAAAUGAAAGCAAUAAGGGAGCUUCACCUGGAGGAGGAACUUGCAAAUGAGAGCUGUCUUAGACCUGUUAGUGGGAACGGGAAACUUUUGUCUCCAGUGCCUGAGGAUUACACUGUCAAGGAAGCAGAACUGAAGAUGGGAAGCUUGCUUGGGUUGUGCCAUGGGAAAGCUCCAACUUCCACUCAGCUCUUCCUGUACUUUAUGGUUGGGAGUGACCCAAACUCGAGCCCUGAGAUGGAGAUAGUUGUGGAGGAGACUGCCUCUGUCGGAGAGUGUCUCAAUUUAAUGCUGCAGAAAUGUGGAUUAUCAGGUGAUAACUGGCAUUUGAGAAGGCUUGACUGGUGCUAUGAAGCAGGGGAAGCACUAAGUCAGGAAAAUGCCACCCUGAAGGAACUCAAUGUGUGCAGAGGAGACACUUUGGUCAUUACGGAAGGAAAACUUCCAGAAAAGGGUUUCCUGAAAAUUCCCAUCUGGUGGCUCAGGCCUUCAAGCCACAAGAAACAUGGAGAGAAUGCUCAGGACCAAGUGAAUGGGCUAACCUGCCAGAUGGAAGCUUUGCAGGUGUCUGCUGGGACAGCUUCCCCAGAAGCCACCCACCCAGCCAUGGAGCUUUGUUAUGCUGGCAGGAUAGAAAUAGCAGGAGAAGCUUCUCUGGAGGAGCUGAAGCUGCAGGCCCUGACCUUGCCAUGCUGCCAGGAGCAGGUUGUGCCCCUGCCCUCGUUCCUCAGGGCAUGGACAGUGGACAGCAAACGCCCUGGAAAGCUCCUGAGGAACAACAAGCAGAGACUCAAUGACUACAAGUUGGGUGCCAGCGUGGGAAUCUGCAUAGAACCUCUGCAAAAAGAAGAGAAUUUGGGCCCCCAUGAGCUGCUGCUGCGAGUCCAGAUGGGAAUUCCAGGAGAAAGGGACUACUCUGACUGCAGGGAUUUGGUGUGGGACAUCUCCAAGGAAUGCACCACCUGGGCACUGAGGCAGAGAGUGGCCUCUCACUACUGUCUCCCUGUGGAGAAAAUCGAAAUAGCCAAAUACUUCCCGGAGAGAUUCGAGUGGCUGCCAAUAUCCAGCUGGACACAGCAAAUUUCCAAGAGGAAAAGGAGGAAAAAGCAGGAGAGUUUGCAGUCAGCACCUUAUCACCUGAGGGAUGGAGACAUCAUUGGGGUGAAGAACCUUCUCCUUGAUGACACCAAGGACUUCAGCACCGUGAGAGAUGACAUUGGGAAAGAGAAACAAAGGCAGCUGGCCCUGGAAAAAAAGAAAAGUCGCCAAGCCAGGAGUGUCCAGGAGCCCUUUGUCCUGGAGGAGAAGCUGCCCACAAAGCCCCGGAAACCAGAAGUGGCUCUUUCCAUCAAUGUGGGGGUUUUCAGAUAGCACAGGAGGGGCUUUGCUCACCACAACACACUGUAUCCAUCUACCUACAUGGAGCAGCCAGAGGGGCUUUCCCAAAGUGCCCUCAAGAAUCCCGGAGCCAAACUGGGGGUAGGAUUCAGGAUAACUCUGACUUUUCUCUGCUCUCUCUUGGGGAAGUGCUUUAGUGUCCCUUUCUCCACGUGGUACCUACUCUCAGGCUGGGUAAAUGCACUUUAUCUAGGAGGAAAUGGAGUAAUAUAUUCAAUAAUAUUGCUGACUCUUUUGUAUUCUCCCUAAAUGGAUUUUUUGGGGGCAGGUCUGACACGUUGCACCAUCACUACUGAGUUUUAAUCCUGUCAGAAUCAUCUCUCUGUAGAAUUUCUUUUUUUUUCCCAUCCCUCCUCACUGAAGUUACUACCAGUACCA